GUGUGUGUGUGUGUGUGUGAUCCACAGGUUUAAGGUGGUGUGGAUGGGGGGGGGUGUGAGUGUGUGUGUGUGAUCCACAGGUUUAAGGUGGUGUGGAUGGAGAGAGAGUUAGAUAGAGAGAGAGAGAGAGAGAGAGAGAGAGUGUGUAAUAAACAGAGAGUGUAUGUUUAUGAGCGCAGGAGGAGAGUGUGUUUUUGAGAGACAGGUGAAGAGGGAGAACAAGUGGAGGAACAGAGACAUGACCCAGGGCGGCUCCAUGGUAACGACAGACCAUCUGCAGCAUCCACUGACCUUCUGUAGAGAAAUAAAGGAGAACAUCCAGGACUGUUAGAACGUGUGCGUCUUCUUCUUGUCCAGUGUCAUGUCCACACCAUGUCUCAUCUCACGCCACACCUCCCGCUCAUCUCCGACUCGUCUUGCUGGAGCUCUGAGACAGAAAUCAGACCUUACAGGAGCUCUCACGGGUCAGAAGGAGGGCAGCGAGUGCCGUGUCCACUCCGUCCUGCUCCUCUGUUCCGCUCCAUCGGGCUGACGGGGUUAUCAGCCAGCCUGCCGCCUCACCGCCGCUUACGCUCCAUCUUACACAGAGCGCGAGCGGUGAGGCCUGAUGAUGCUAACGCUAAAGAGACCGGCGCGGCUGAAGGUGGCUCGGAUGCUAACGCACUAGUUUCUGAAGCUACUGACAGAGGAUUGCCUUUCAAAGACUUUCUGCCUGAUAUCACGACACAGAAACUCCGCCCUCCGUCUCAAACAGACAGAGAGACGCGAACGAGAGGAAACCGAUCCAUCGGAGAAACAGAGACCUUCUCCAGCCUCUGGUCUCAAACUGAGUCACGUUUAAACCCCAGGAAUGCUACAUUACCGAGGCGCCACAGUGUGGGACACCAAGAUCCUCCAUCAAAGACCUACACGAGCAGGAGGACUGUCGUGUUUCCUCUCACAAGCACAGAAACUCCAGAGAGUGCCGGAAGGAAGAGGUGGAGCAGGAGGAUCAGACGGAUUUUAACCUCGGAGAAGAGCAGUGAUGAGCAGGACAUCAGCGACUGCUUCCACAGCCUGGUCAUUACAGACGAUCGUCCAUCUGCCAACACGAAGCACCUGCAAGAUUCCGGAUCUCCCAAAUCUAACAGAAGCCAUCUAGACAACGAGCACGAAGGAAAGGGGGCGUGUCACACCAGGAGAGACCGACGCCCACAUUUCCUGCCUCCAAUAUCUCAUUCAGGAUGCCUGUUAGACGUACCUUUCGUCCUUCCGGAGAAUUCCCCUCCUCCGUCUCCCAGCGGUGCUUUCAGCACUCCCUUCUUCCCUCUGUGUGUCCCGGCACUUCCUGUCCGUCCCCAGCGUAGAGAGAGAGACACCUGA